GAGAGAGGAUCUACUUGCUACAUUUCCAAUAUAUUAGAGACUCCAACUGUAAUUUUCCGUAAUAUAUGAGUACUUACAUUUCCGUCAUUUUAAUCUUAGCCAAAUAUUGCUACCUAAUUCUUGUAUUACUGCCGGAAGAAUUGAAUUCCAAUCUCUUAAGAAAACAUGAAGAAAUUCAAAACCCUGUUGGCAACAACCCGAAAUGCUAUCAAAUCGGCGUCGUAUUUCACCGACGAACAGUACAAAUCAGUGUCAAAGGAGAAAGUGGACGCGGUGGUGAUAGGUGCAGGCGUGGUGGGCAUAGCCAUAGCCAGAGAGCUUGCAGUGAACCAUGGUAGGGAAGUUAUUGUGUUAGAAUCUGCAUCUACUUUUGGGACAGGCACCAGUUCUCGCAACAGUGAAGUCAUUCAUGCUGGCAUCUAUUACCCUCCCAAUUCUCUCAAGGCAGUUAUGUGUGUUAGAGGAAGACAGUUACUUUACAAGUAUUGCAAACAACAUGAUAUUCCUCAUAAACAGAUUGGCAAGCUCAUAGUUGCUACUGGACCUUCAGAAGUUCCUAAAUUGAAUACAUUGAUGACUCGAGGAAUAGAAAAUGGGGUGGAAGGUCUGAAGCUCAUGGAGGGUCAUGAAGCCACGAGAAUGGAACCGGAAUUGCAAUGUCUGAAAGCUUUAUUAUCACCUGCUUCUGGAAUAGUUGACACACAUUCGCUCAUGCUAUCAAUGAUGGGGGAGGCUGAAAGUCACGGUACGACUUUCUCUUACAAUACUACUGUUAUUGGUGGUCACUGUGAUAAAGAUGGUAUCCAGCUUCACAUUUCUGAAAGCAAAGCUAUUAAAAACCAUGAUGGACGAUCUCUCCUGCAACCAGAUGUAAUUCUUAUUCCGAGACUACUUGUAAACUCUGCAGGCUUGGGUGCCCCAGCUCUUUCUAAACGGUUCAAUGGCCUAGAUGUUGAAGUUAUUCCUACGCCCUACUUUGCCCGGGGUUGCUAUUUCGUUUUAUCAAACAGUAAAACUCCUUUCCAGCAUUUAAUUUAUCCUAUACCUGAGGAUGGCGGCCUUGGAGUGCACGUCACACUGGAUUUAAAUGGCCAAGUAAAAUUUGGUCCCGAUGUUGAAUGGAUAAAUGGCAUAGAUGAUUUUUCAAGCUUCCUGAACAUGUUCGACUAUUCUGUGCCUGGUGAACGAGCAAAACUAUUCUACCCGGAGAUAAGAAGAUACUAUCCCGGUUUAAAGGAUGGAUCCCUCGAGCCGGGUUAUGCUGGAAUCCGACCCAAAGUUUCAGGUCCCAAUCAAGUGCCUUGUGAUUUCAUAAUACAGGGAGAGGACAUUCAUGGUGUACCUGGCCUCGUAAACCUAUUCGGGAUUGAAUCGCCCGGUUUAACUUCAAGCAUGGCAAUUGCUGAGCAUGUUGCUGCCAGAUUGAACUCUGAAAAUUGAAUAAUUUCUUUUCAUUAGAAUCAGCACUGCCGUCAAAGAUUGGAGAUCAACUUGCUACUCGGAGAACUUGUUGAGGACUAGUAUUGUAAUUUUUUUUCCAAGAUAUAAUAUGAUCUUGAAUGUGUAUUUGAUGUAAGAUUUGAUUCCCAACUUUUUCUUUUAUGUGAGAUGAAAUGACGGGUUCUUAUCACGUUCUAACGA